UCCUCCUCCUGCUCCUCCCAUCCUCGGAACCGGCAUCAAAACGCCUGUCUGCAAGGUCCUCAGCGCUCUGCAGCCCGGAGCUGCGGCCACCGCCGGGUCUCUCUCGGUGAAUUCCUGUGUCCCUUCACGGCUCGCCCGUCCCGGGGUGAGAGGGAAUUUGCUCCAAGGGGCUCAGGUGCUUGGCGGUGUUGCAAGUCCAUGGCCGGGCCAGAGAGAGGAUUGAGGGCGCCGGACCGGCUAGACGGGUACGCGACUCAGUAAUUGGAAACUGGAGAUACUCAUGUUCCAGUAAUCAAGAGGGAUCCUUACUACUGCUUCAUGAUCCAGGGGCGUGUGGCCCAGUGAAGUUCCUGAGCUGUACAGCAUGACCUUGCUGCUCCUGGGUGCGGUGCUGCUGGUGGCCCAGCCCCAGCUCGUGCAUUCCCACCCGGCUGCUCCUGGCCCGGGACUCAAACAGCAGGAGCUUCUGAGGAAGGUGAUUAUUCUCCCGGAGGACACCGAAGAAGGCGCAGCAUCCAAUGGUUCCGUACAGCAGCUGCCACAGACCAUCAUCAUUGGGGUGCGCAAGGGUGGUACCCGAGCCCUGCUAGAGAUGCUCAGCCUGCACCCUGAUGUUGCCGCAGCUGAAAAUGAGGUCCAUUUCUUUGACUGGGAGGAACAUUACAGCCAAGGCCUGGGCUGGUACCUCACCCAGAUGCCCUUCUCCUCCCCGCACCAGCUCACGGUGGAGAAGACACCUGCCUAUUUCACUUCGCCCAAAGUGCCUGAGAGAAUCCACAGCAUGAACCCCACCAUCCGCCUGCUGCUUAUCCUGAGGGACCCAUCCGAGCGUGUGCUGUCCGACUACACUCAGGUGUUGUACAACCACCUUCAAAAGCACAAGCCGUACCCACCCAUUGAGGACCUCCUAAUGCGGGACGGACGGCUGAACGUGGACUACAAGGCUCUCAAUCGCAGCCUGUACCAUGCACACAUGCUGAACUGGCUGCGUUUUUUCCCGCUGGGCCACAUCCACAUUGUGGAUGGCGACCGCCUCAUCAGAGACCCUUUCCCUGAGAUCCAGAAGGUCGAAAGGUUCCUGAAGCUGUCUCCACAGAUCAACGCCUCGAACUUCUACUUUAACAAAACCAAGGGCUUCUACUGCCUGCGGGACAGUGGCAAGGACCGCUGCUUACAUGAGUCCAAAGGCCGGGCGCAUCCCCAAGUGGAUCCCAAACUACUUGACAAACUGCAUGAAUAUUUUCAUGAGCCAAAUAAGAAAUUUUUCAAGCUCGUGGGCAGAACAUUCGACUGGCACUAAUUUGCCGUCUGUUAGGCUCGGGACUUUUCCUGUUGUAACUUCUGGUGUACAUCUAAAGGGGGGAGAAAAAAAUUUUAAAAAGGCAUUUAAGCUAUAAUUUAUUUGUAAAACCCACAAAUGACUUCUGUACAGUAUUAGAUUCACAGUUGCCAUAUAUAGUAGUUAUAUUUUUCUACUUGUUAAAUGGAGGGCGUUUUGUAUUGUUUUUCAUGGUUGUUAACAUUGUGUAUAUGUCUCUAUAAUAUGAAGGAACUUAACUAUUGCACUGAAAAAAAAUAAGAGAUUUUUUUUCUGGAGAUGUCUUUUUUUUUUUUUUUAAAUAUAAUUAACCUGCCUCCAAUUCAAAAUAGUUCUUUGUUUUCACCCUCCUUGUCAACUCUAUAAUCUUUUCCUGUUUAAAAAAAAAUAUUGGUAUUAUG